GUGCAGCGCCUGAGUCGACCUGUGGAGUCGAUCUGUGCCAACAAACAGCGCAUGGUAUUCAACGACUACCUCCAGGAGGUUGAGUGUUGUUUCCCGUACGGGGGAGGGGAAUUGAGACAUCGCGUCUCGUUCCUAGUGAGUGACGAGCUCCCAAUGGAUAUGUUACUAGGAAUAUACUACCUCUCUGUGGCUCAGCCCCAGUUUGACUGGGACCGAAAAGUGGUCAAACACACUUUGCCAGGUGGAGGGACCGCCAGAUUGCACAAGUUCAAAGCUAGUGGUCUGAUCGAGUCCCAUGGAUGCAUGUGUGCGGCCGCGUUCUAUAACUAUUAUAAGCAAAAUCAGGAGGAGGGUAUGUACCUAGUUUAUGUCUCUACUGCAGGCGAGCCGGUAAAAAUGCCUUCGGAGAUAGAGGGAGUAGUUGCCAAGUACCCUGAUCUAUUUGAAGAGUCGACAGGGGUUGUAGAGAGGGAGGUCGUCCACGCGAUAGAGAUUAUCCCUGGGUCUAGUAUCCCGAAGGGUAGGAUCUAUCGGAUGUUUCCAGGCGAACUCGAUGAGCUUUGCCGACAACUCAAGGAACUCGUAGAGAAGGGUUGGAUCCGGCCGAGUGUCUCUCCUUAUGGGUCUCAAGUUCUAUUCGCACCUAAGAAGAAGGAGGGAACACUUAGGAUGUGCAUUGACUAUAGGGGCCUCAAUGCCAUCACUGUAAAGAACAGAGAGCCCCUACCGCGCAUCGAUGAUCUGCUAGAUAGAGUGCAAGGGUGUCGAUACUUCAGUAAGAUAGAUCUGAAGUCCGGGUACCAUCAGAUUGCAAUCCGGCCCGAGGAUCAACACAAAACCGCCUUUCAGACCAUGUACGGUCUGUACGAGUUUGUGGUGAUGCCUUUCGGCCUUUGUAAUGCUCCUGGCACCUUUCAGCACGCUAUGAAUCAGAUAUUCCAUGACUACUUGGAUAAGUUUGUCAUCGUGUACCUUGAUGGCAUACUUAUUUUUUGUAAGACUGUCGAGGAGCAUGUUGCACAUUUGGACAAAGUCCUCAGUUUCCUGCGACAGCACAAAUUCAAGAUUAACGGUGAGAAGUGCGAGUUUGGCUGCACCCGUGUCUUGUACUUGGGUCAUGAGAUCUCCGCGGAAGGGUUGAAGCCCGAUGACGCGAAGGUGGCCAGCAUCCGUGAUUGGCCACGUCCUCAGUCUGUGACUGAGAUGAGAUCUUUCUUAGGAAUGAGAGGCUACUAUAGAACCUUCGUUAACUAUAGUAUAGUGGCCGCUCCUUUGACUGAUCCGACGCGCCUUGACACCCCAUGGGAGUGGACAGAUGAGUGCGAGGCUGCUUUCAGACAUCUGAAGCAUGCGUUGACGCACUAUGAGGUCUUGAAACUUCCUGAUCCUGAUAAGCCGUUUAUAGUCACCACGGAUGCCAACCAAUAUGGCAUUGGCGCCAUGCUCGCGCAACUGGAGGGGCCAAAGUUGAGGCCUGUAGAGUACAUGUCCAAGAAAAUGCCGUCUCAGAAGUUGGCUAAGUCCACCUAUGAGAAGGAACUCUAUGCGGUUUAUAAGGCUCUGACCCAUUGGAGACACUAUCUCCUUGGGAGGUUCUUCAUCCUCAGCACUGAUCAUCAGACCUUGAGAUGGAUGAGAACUCAGCUGGUACUCUCUGACACUCUCAAGCGUUGGAUCGAAGUCAUUGAGCAGUAUGACUUUGACCCUCAGUAUCUGAAAGGGGAGUACAACAAGUUUGUUGAUGCCUUAUCGCGUAGACCGGAUUUCUCAGAUCUCAACCCCAACAUGCCAAGGUCGUGCAACCUCUUCUCCUCCUCCUUUUUGAGUUGUACGAUAAGACAGUGGAAUUCUUCCGGUGAACCGUCAACGGAGGAUGGGACUCGGAGCCAGAAUCACGUCCCUGCAGGAAUCCAAUCUGCUGCCCCAACUCCAGAGACUGAUGGGUAAGGUUUUUUUUGUUUUUUUUGAAAAAACCCUACCAAUGUUAGUGUUGCUGAUAAGAGCAGACACCACUAACACCUAGGUAGAGACUCCAUCUAUUGGUGGGGAGUAUCACCUGCUGGAAACCGGGUCCAACGUCCCUUUUACAUAACCUUGUUUCUUUAUUGAAAUAUGUGAAGAUAAAAGUUGCCUCUUCAGCCAACUUAGGCCGCAAGCUAUGACUAUUGAACCUAGCAAAAAUUAUCCCCUAAAAAAAGGUCUAAACAAAAAGCCCAACAAUUA